AUUAGCGUAAAAUUUAAUUUAAGAGAUAAACAAAAAUAAAAAAAAAAACAAAACAAUUUCACAAUUUUCCAAAUAAAUUUUUUAACCUUCUACUUAACAAAAAAUGCCUGUCGAUACGGUAGAACUCAUCAACGCCGUUUCCUUAAUUUGUGACGAGCGCGAGAUGCGAGUGACGAUGAAGCAAUCAGCUAAAGGAGCAGCAAUUACGGGCGCCACAGCUUUUCUUGGCGGCGUUUUGGGAGGUCCCGUUGGAUUGGCAGCAGGUGCAAUUCUCGGCGGUGUCGGAUCUGCGUACAAAAUGCAAGGAUGGAAACCUUUGGGAGAAAUUCUGAGGAACGAUUUGACGCCGACACAGCGAGAAAGACUCCAAAGUCACAUAAUGGCAGCUGUGCGAGAUGUUGGACCGCAGGAUUUGGCGCUUUUGAUUCCGAUCAUCAUGGGAGAUGCAGCUGUUCAAACGGCAGUUUUGAGAACAGUCACGAGUUUUGUGACGAAUGAAAUGGGUCUGAGGAUGAUCGAUUGAUGGAUGGUCCAUGAUAAUUUUUUUUGUACAUAUUUAUUGAUGCUGUGCUCUCAAAAACGUUCUUGUGACAUAGAUUUAAGGAAAAUACGAAAUUUUUAGAGAAAAUAUAUCAACCAAAGUCGAUUUUUGUAAAAAAUUUGACAUUUUU